AUGGCAUCCUCUACCAAAUACCAACCUGCCCCUCAACGCGAUUCACUCGAUGAACAAAACUACCCUCAACCUCCGCCCAAUUACCAGGCUGCGGGGCCCAGUGUCACCGAAGGAGGCUAUGGAACCCCUCGGGAGGAAGGUGACAAUCUACCCGAUGAUUUCAAGUUCGGUGGCUCCGUGGCCGAAGCCACCAUCGACAUCCGUAUGUCCUUCGUCCGCAAAGUCUACAGCAUCCUGACCGUCCAAUUGCUGUUGACCGCCGCCUUGUCUUCCCUGUCCUUCUUCUCCACCGGCUAUAAGAGUUGGAUCCAGUCGAACUCCUGGAUGCUGUGGGUGUCACUGUUCGGCGCCAUCGGCUUUAUGCUCCUUACGUUCUGGAAGCGCAAAUCCUACCCGACCAACAUGGUCUUCCUCGCCAGCUUUACCGCGCUAGAAGCAUACAGCGUCAGUGUCAUCACCUCGUUCUUCGACAGCAAGAUCGUCAUUGAAGCCCUGAUCUUGACGUUGGGGAUCUUCGUCGGCCUAACGCUCUUCGCAUGCCAGACCAAAUACGACUUUACCAGCUGGAUCCCAUACCUGUUCGGAGCGUUGUGGGUGUUGAUCAUCUUCGGAUUUAUGGCCAUGUUCUUCCCCGCGAGUUCGACGGUGGAAUUGGUCUACGGCGUGAUUGCGGCGCUGAUUUUCAGUGGCUACAUCCUCGUGGACACUCAGCUGGUCAUGCGCCGUUAUCACGUGGAGGAGGAGAUUGCUGCCUCCAUCAGUCUGUACCUGGACGUUUUGAACCUCUUCCUUGCUAUUCUCAGGAUCUUGAACAGCCAAAACAAUAACUAA